GGCAAAUGGCGGAAAACAUAAAUAAAGAAAUAAAAUUUAAGUUUUGACUAGGGAAAGAUAAAUGGCAGCAGAGUAGUAGAAAAGUGAAGACACAGUGUCAGCAUAGAAAAUGGACUGAAACCAUUUGAUAUAUAAGCUUCCAGUGCAGCUGGUGUUGGUUAACCUAAACAAGAGGUGUCUGAAUUAGAGACUUGAAAUGAACAAGCAAGGAGCAAAAUACAAAAUAAGUCCAAGGGGUAAAAGAAAAUUAGAUUAUCCAACAAAACUUUCAAAACCAAGUGUGAAACUCCCGCUGAGAGGGAAGACUAUUUAUUUGGAUGUAAAAGAGGCCAAACAACUGAAACGACUGCAAGAAGACUUAAAGAAACUUGGCGCUACUUUAGAAGAUUUUGUCAGCCGUGACAUAAACUAUCUGAUAACAAGCCAGCCGCGGCCAAAGAACAAAGCUGCCAGCCCAUGCGGAGAUGAUAGUCCCACCCCAAGCCCCUUCAACUGUGACCCAUCACCUUCGCCAGGCUAUCCAGAAGACAAAAAAGUCACAUCUGUGACAAGAGGUAAAGCCCUCUUAGAGAAAGCUCGAUACACAAGACAGGCCAGCACUCUGCUAGAUAAUGCUGAGAAGUGGGGAGUAAAGAUUGUUACUGUUGAAGGAGCAUUCAAAUGGAUUGACAAAGAAUUAAAGAAACUGCCGAAAUCUGGAAGUCUGUGCAAGAAAAAUAUCAAGCCAAAAUGUGUUUCCUCCUACAAAUUAUUCAAGUCGCCAUUUGUGAAGCUAGAAGCAGAUACAUUUUGUUAUCGACCAUUUCAUACAGAACUUGAUGUAUGGCCAAGACUGAAUGUUGAUACUCCAAGAGGAUCUUGUCCAUUUGAUGGCACGCUUAUCAAAGGUGGUGAAGAGUCACGUGAGGAAAGAGGGGAGCUGUUGGCUGCACAGGUUGAUAUUCCAAGUGAAGACACCCCGAAGGAAGAAAAAGAUGGUAGUGAGUCGGCUGCCAGUACACCCAAACCUGCUGCGGAAAAAUCUGAUGUGUUUGCUGGAAACAAAAUUAUGACGGCUGGGGAACUGAAGAGAAGAAAAGAACUAAAACGUAAACAGGAGAGAAAGAGAGGAUACUGUGAAUGUUGUCAUGUUAAAUAUGAAGAUUUGGAUAAGCAUGUGAAGGAGGAUCAGCAUCGUCAGUAUGUGAAGACCAAGACAAAUUACAGUCAGCUUGAUACCUUGAUUAACUCGGGACCAAACACACAGCACUUCUUAUUUGAAUAUCUGAGAAGAGCCGCCCAUAUUGUCAAUGUUAAGAAUGGAAACAGCAACAACUUGUCCAUUGAAAAUAGUAUUAGAAGGUCUCCGAGAAAGGCUGUGCAAGAAUCAACUCUUAAAUCUUUAAUCAGAUCUCCCAGUAAAACUGCACAGAAACCGACAGUUCAUUCUCCCAAAAAAUGCCAAUCACCUGGGAAAGCUAAUAAGGCAGUUUCAUUGCAAAGUGUACGGGUUUCACCUAGGAAAAGCCUUCAAAAGUUGACAAACAGUGAAAAUUUAGUUUCUCCAUCCAAAACAAAAGAAACAAAGCAGUCUGCUGCAGGAAGAUCAUGUAGAAACAAUGAAACUAAGACGGCUGAAGCAUCUCUAGAUGUUCAUGCAUCAAUAAAUAAUACAGGUACUGCUGGUGGUUGCAGAACACCUAGGUUGAGGCAGCAUACAGUAUUGCAAAAAGAAAAUGUUACAGGCCAUAGUCAUGGUAAAGAAACGAGUAACUUUAGAAAGGUUUUAGGCAUUGUUGAAGAGAAAAGAAAGGAUUCGGAAGUAACUUCAUCAAAAAAUGCUGUCAAUAAUGAGAAAGAAUUAAUUGGUAAAACUUUAUCAGAAGAGAAUUCAAAUAAAAUUCUGGAAAAUUCACCAAAGAAGAAGGUGUCACCAAGGAAACAGUUGAUCAAGAGUUUUGCUCAAGAAAAUGAAGAAGACAUUAAAGGUUGCCAAGAUUUAGAUAAAGAAAACAUUACACCAUGUAAACAGAAGUUGAACAUUAAAGAAACCCAUACUCAAAAACCUAUUCUUUCUAAGGAACCUCAGGAUAAUAAUACAGAGGAAUUAGUCACUAGUCUUAGAAAAUGCACUGAAAAAUCUUUAAAAAAUAAUACAGAUCUUGUUAAAAAUUCAAAUCAGACCAAGUUACAUUCUUGUGACGAAUCUUUAAACAAAUCCUUUGAAAGUUCUGUUAUAGGAACAUCAACUGAUGAGUUAGAUAUUGAUAAUUAUGAGUUAACAAAGGUAGGAUUUGCCGAAAUUGUCAAGUAUGGAAAGAAAAGAACUGAGAUAGAACAUUCUAGUGACGAUUUUGAAGUGUGUUUUGCAAGAAGUUUGGAUGGUGAAACUUUACCAAUGUUAAAGAAAACUAAUGACGAAGCUGUAGAGAAAACUUUCGAUGACAUGAUUGUGCAGUGUGAAAAAUCUGGUGUUAUUAAUGACUGUAAUGAUUCAUUAUCUUUGCCUGAAAAUGAGACUGAAGUUGAUGUGAACAGAACACGAAAGUUGCCACAUAAAAAACUCAAACAUUUAGAAAAUGAAGUCUUGAUUGGAAGAAAGAUUGCUUCAGAACAAACUAAAAAAGAUACUUCGUUAACAAAGAGUCAAAAGAAAAAACACGAGAAAGAGAAAGAUGUGUUUGAUAUUGAUAUGGAAUCUGACAUUCCAUCAGAUUUCCAGUGUUAUAAUGAAGAAGGCAAACUGCUGACAUUCAGCAAAACACUUGCAGAGAGAAUUAAGGAAAGGUCACUUGGCAGGAGAUCUUCAGUUGAGUCGUAUAACAUGAAUGUACUGUUUCAACUUCCGUCCAGAUCUCGUAGUAACUCGUUUAGCAGCAACCAGUCUGACAGGACAACAAAAAAGGUUGCCAGUGCAAAAUCUAAGAAAGUGUUGAACAAUAUCGACAAAAAGAAGACUGGGAGCAGUAUUGCAUGUGCCAAAGUUCUGAACAAAUAUCGCAAUAAAAGAUUUGGAAGAGCGCAGAAUGAGAAUAAUCAGACUGGUUACCAAGGUGAUGAUGAGAAUGAAAAAACUCCUGAAAUCAGAAAAUUGGAGCAGGGUCAUGUCAGUCAAAAGAAACCAAGAAAGAAAUUUUGGCAUUAUGAACCUGUAGUUGAAAGUGAAGAAAAACCUGAGCCCAACAAAGAACUGAAAGGUUUAGCAAAGGAGCUACAGAAAUUGAGAGAAGCAAGUGCUUGGUGUUCUAGUGACAUAUCUGAUACUGAAACACAGAGGUCAAGAAAGAAGUUGGGUAAAAUUGAAAAUAAUGAAUGUAAAACAACAGAGGCUUUUAUAAGUAACAAGAACAAUAUUGAAACAAGUGGAAAAGUUCAGGAAGGAGAAAAUAAACCUAAGAAGAAAUUCUGGUAUUAUGUCAGUGUAAGUACGGAAGAUGAUUUGGAAAAGGAAAGUCAGAGUGACCAAAAUGCACCUAGAGAAUCACGUAACCUCAAAAAUUUAUCUACAAAUUUUGAUGCUGAAAAUGAAACUCGCAAGGCAAGAAGAAAUGGUAAUAGCAGUGAUAAAGAAUAUACACGUAAGAUAAUGCCUGCUACAAGUAAUAAAACUGAAGUUGCACAACAUAACAAAUGUACUGAUGUAGACAAAUUGGAAGAGUUGGAAAAGGUAAAAGUAAAGAAACAGAAUAAUUUAAGUGAUCAUGAAACAUGUAGAAUAGAUAAUAUUAAAAAUGUCAAAUCUAAAAGGAAUAAAAAAGUAUAUUGGGAUUAUGUACCUGUGGUGAACAACAGUGAAGAAGAGAGUAGUUUGCAAGUGCCAAAAAGGUUUAGAGAUACCUGUAAUUCAGGUGACACAUUAGAUAGAUAUAAAAGGAGAAAAAACAGAGAUAAACCUGAAAAAGUAGAUACAGACGCUGGCAGCACAGAUGAAUGUUGUGAUCAAAAUAGUGUAGCGAAAAAGUUGAAUAGAAACCAAUGUGAACUUGAUAGAAAUAAUGAUUUGGGAGAAUCAGAAGAAGAAAUGAAAAAUGUCAAACCUAAAACUGGAAAAAAAUACUGGGAUUUUGUACCAGUUGAGCCUGUUGAGAACAACAUGGAAGGAGAAAAUGCUAGUAAAAUUCCAAAAAAUUUAAGGGAUUCAUGGAAUUCAGGUGAUUCAUUAAAUAGAUAUGAUAGGAGAAACAGUAGGAAAUUGACUGAAUAUGUAGAAAUUGAUGUUAGUAGUACAGAUGAAGGUCAGGAAGAAAUAAUGUUCAGAAAAAGACUGCGAAGAAAGCCACAUGAACAUUUUGAAACUAGUGAUAAAUUGGGAGCAACUGAAAAAGAAAUGAAAAAGGCCAAGCUUAAAACUGGAAAAAAGUUUUGGGAUUAUAUACCUGUGGAAGACAACAUAGAGGGAGAAAAUGCUAGUAAAAUUCCAAAAAAUUUAAGGGAUUCAUGGAAUUCAGGUGAUUCAUUAAAUAGAUAUGAUAGGAGAAACAGUAGGAAAUUGACUGAAUAUGUAGAAAUUGAUGUUAGUAGUACAGAUGAAGGUCAGGAAGAAAUAAUGUUCAGAAAAAGACUGAGAAGAAAGCCACAUGAACAUUUUGAAACUAGUGAUAAAUUGGGAGCAACUGAAAAAGAAAUGAAAAAGGCCAAGCUUAAAACCGGAAAAAAGUUUUGGGAUUAUAUACCUGUGGAAGACAACAUAGAGGGAGAAAAUGCUAGUGAAAUUCCCAAAGAGUUAAGAGAUCCAUGGAACACAGGUGACACAUUAAAUAAAUAUGACAGGAGAAACAGAGGUGGUCUGGUAAGUAGACAUUUAAGAAAAAGAGAAAAUAGGGUAAAUUACAGCGAAAGUGACAGCCGAGAAUCUGAGUCUGAUAUUUCAAAUUGUGAAAAUAACCAGAAAAUUACUGAAACAGAUUUUGAAUCGGGUGUAAAUGAUACAGUAGAAAUAUGUGACAAAAAGUUGAGAAAACUCGCUCAAGCUAGCAAUAAAUGUCUUUCUGUAUAUUCUGGUACAGAAGAGAUUUCUGCUGUAGAGAAUAUGGAUGUAGAUACAGAAAGAAUGAAUUCAAAGAAUAGCAAACAUAAUUGUGAAGCUAAUGCAGAAACAGAAGACAUAGUUUUAAACAAAUCUAACUCUAUUACUGUAAAUACACAUUCAGGAGAAGAAGCUAAAAAUAGUGACAGUGAUACUGACAGACAAGGUAAUGCAGAUGAUUUUAACAAUUCAGACAGUCAGUCUAGGUCCAGGUCUAGAAAAAAAGUUUUCUGGGAGUAUGAGGUAGUUCCAGUAGAAGAAUCUUCUGUGAAAGUUGAUAAAACUUUACCGAAAGAACUGCAGAUACUUCAGAGCACUUGGAAUGAUUUAAAAACUGUUGAUAGAAGGAGCAGAUCUAGGUCAUGUCAGUCUGGUCCUGAUGCAAGUGAUACGGAAAAAUCGAACUGUGAAAGAGGCUCCAGAAAAUGCGAAAAGUAUUUAAAAAGCCAACAUAUAGUAGCAGAUAAAGAAAUUUCUUUUUUGACUGAAAGGGGAGAAAGAAGUUUAAAAGAUAGUGAUACAGUUAAGGUUAAUAAUGAUGGGAAAGGUGCUGCACUGGCAGGAAGAUAUUCUGGCAAGGUGAAGAAGGACUCUGUUACGAAUGAUUCUGCAAAUGAACAUAUUUCAGAUGAAGAAGAUGAACGGAGUGCAUCACCAGUGUUUAAUGUUGUACAAAAUCACCAGAACAAAGUAAUGAGGAGAAGGUCUCCAGUGUUUAAUAGGUCACCACGACAACAGCUACAGUCAGCUGAGAAUGGAAAAAGUUCUGUAUCUAGUCAAAGGAAAGAACAUAAAAUCAAUUCACAAAAGUACGCUGUAAAAGGAAAGUCAAAUAAGCCUUUCAAGGGUUCAAAUGUUCAUUCAGAAACUAAUGAAAGGUGCUUUAUUGUUGAUAACUUUUCAAAAGAAAAUGAGAAAAGACUCCAAUAUAAUGAUGACUAUUGUUCAGAUUCAGAAGACGAAUCAUGUGUUAAUAAGAAUAAAAAAGACACUAUAUUGUAUAAAGCUAACGGUUCAGCUGAUGUUGUUAAAACACCUGAGAAGUCUGCCCCAGUGAAACAGCCAGGGAGCGGAUAUAGUAACACACCCAGAGGGAAAAGGCGAAAACAGUGGAAAAGGAAAAAUGAAGACACUGAAUCUGCACAUCCAAAGGAGAAAAUUAGGAAACUGGAGGAUACAGCUGAUGCAGUUGAGCCUCCAAUAACUACGCAAACUAAUGUAAAAAUCAAGACAACUCCAAGGAGGAGGUUAUUAGAAUCAGAGUUGAAAGAAAAUCAGAAAAUCAGUGAAACAAAUGAUGUACAGAGAGAUUACAUUGAAUUAGAAGAAAAAGUGCAGAACACUGGUCAUGACAAUAUGGAUGAUCAGACCUCUUUAACAUGGAAGCCAGUAAGUGCUGAUAAAGUGGAGAACAAAUGUGAAAAAGUGAAACUCAACAGAAGCUGGACUAUGUUGAGUGAGCGAAGCGUUUCGAAACUUCUAUCCAGUGAGGAUGAUAAUGAAAACUUUGAUGGUUUUACCGAUGAAGAUAAAUUGCCAUCAGAUAUGUCGUACGAAGAACAGUCAGAAGUAGAACUGCCGCAUGAUGAUCAGCAUGAAUGGGUUGUUGAGGACAAAGAAGAAAAAUCAGACAUUGAGGAAAAUUUAGUACAAUAUGUACCAGUGUUUUUCCCAUCUCCAAAUAAAACUUCGAAUUCAUCAUGGAAUGAUGCAAUUGAAGGUUAUAUAGAUAAUUCUGUAAAACAUGGACCUGAUACAUCUUUUAAGGGAAAUAGCUCAUCCAUGUACUUUAGUUUUAAUUGUAGCCCAAGAAAAAGUCCUUCGAGACGAAACUUUCAAAGUCCAUUUAAAGUAACAGGUCAGGUAAAUUCUAGUAAAAUGUUGUGUUCACCAGUGAGAGCAAGUAGACAGUGCACACCAAAAAGUAAAAGAAAUAGACAAAUGCAUAGUCCAGAAGUGGAAAGAGUGGAUGCUGAAAUAGAAUUUAAUUUUGGAAGCCCUCAGAAAAACCGUUCAGAUUUUAGUCCAUUAAGAACUGUGAAUGGUGUAGUCAGAAAUUUAUCAGGUACUUCAAAUUUAACAUCAACUCCAGUGUUGAAAAAAUCAAAGAAACAGAAACAUAGAAAACACUAAAUUUUAUAAUUCAUCUUGAUAGCUUGUAUGAUAUAGAUAGGUUUAUACUGAAACUAUUUCUGACUGUAAGUACAGUGUGUGACUGCCUAGAUGACAACUUGUGUGUAAGCUCUAUAUUUACAUAGUAAUGUCUUCUCUUGUUAAAAAAAUGCAUUCUGGUGAGCUAUUGCAGCUCUAGUCAAAAAUGCACUUUGAAUAUUGUUAAAUUAAUAGCAUAUUAUUUUUUUGUAAUUUUCUAAUUCAAACUCGUGAAAAGUUAUCUGUGAAGUUGCUGUUAAGUUAACUUUAAAAGUGAGUACUAUGUUAGGGCAUUUCAUAAAUGUAUUUUUAAUUUAAUAUAACUUAUCAUUUUCUAGUAAAGCUUCAGUUUUAAGUUUUGCAAUUUUAAUGUUGUGUGUGGGUGUACUUCUAUAUCAUUGUGCUGUGUGAUUGUUUGUAAAACAUUUGUGUUUUUAAAAGAGAAGUAAGUACUUCUUAUGACGGCUUUUCCAUAGUGAUUUGGAAUGACCACCUAAAUGUUGGUUGAAAUUUUCAUUACCAUACAUGUAGAAUUCUUUCUUGUGAGGAAGCUAUCCAGCUGGCUGGUUCUACCUAGCUACUAGAAGUAAUAACCUUGAGGUACCUUAAAUCCUCUUCCACCAUUGUAGUUGGAAUAUUGGCAUUCGGCUAAAAAUUGUUAAGUGUUGAAUUUUUUAAGACCCAACAAAAAAGCUAUUUCUUUUCAGCAUGUUCAUUUUUUACUCACUGUCAAGAAAAAGGAAUUUUAAAGUUUUAAUCCCAUUAAAACCAUGCUUCAAAUAAGCAGACCUAAACAAAUUGGUAUUUAAAGGCACUGACCUCCAGAUGGUGAGAGAACAAAAAAGACACUUUUUUUAGAUAUUAGAAAAUUAAAGCUAUAUUUUUUAAGGCCUUGAAACUUGAAUUAACAACAGAUUAUAAGUUAUGGAAGAACACGAAGAUUUAUAAUAGUUGUUUUUACUCAUUUUUCCCAUAAUGUUUAAUGCAGCGGCAACCCAGGUUCGAUUCUUGACUCUGGCAUGUCUUUUUUACUUUGAUUUGGCAUUUUAAAAAUAGUUUAGAAACAAAACUUUGUAUUCUAUGUUCAGAACAUGACUAUACCAGUUUUAAAGAAAGAUAUUUUUUGCUCGGUGCCUUUUUAACCCUCAACACCCACACUUCAUGGGGGUUUCCAUUCCUAAAGCCUGACAAAACUGGUCUGAAAACUAGGUAUUUAUCUGGGGAAACCAAUUAAAUGAAUAGAUUUACUUAAACCUCUGUCAGAUAUUUUCUAACUUCCACAGAGUACAGAGAGACAGUUUUAACCUUUAGCCUGCUGACGGCAAGUGAUUCUGCUGUUGCAACCAGUCUGCUGUUAGCUAUUCAGUCAGUAUAUUUUCAGUGAACACCCCUUUGAAUAAUAAGUGGUAUGGCCCAAAUUGAAUGAUGAACCAGUCCAUUUUAGAAAUUUAGCAGGCUAUGGAUAAAGUUCUGUAUUGUAACUGUAUUGAUGUGACUUGAGAUAAAGUCCUAGAAAGCAGCUUUAAAAAACUGAUUUAUACUUUAUGCUUGCACAAACUUUAAGAUGCAAGGGACAAGUGUUAAGUGUUGUAUCAAAAGAUCAGUUAGUAAAUGAUAAAACAUACCUUUAAAAACACAAUUUAAAUGAAUGUUUUGUAAUAAAAAAAAUGUUUUCAUUUCAUUUGAAGCAUUGCUGUGACCUAAACACUUCAUUGUAUAUAAUUUUGUUAGUAUAUAUGUCUGAUGUAUUUAUUUUGUUUUUAUUUUUGAAAGUUUAAUUUAGCAUACACUGCCAAGUUUUUAGUAAAACUAUUUUUGUAUAAAUCUGCCCCCACUUGAAGAAGAGGGGAUAUAUUGUUUUGCUCUUGUCUGUCAGUCUGUAGGUAUAUCAUUUGUUUUCUUAGUAAUAUUUCUUGCACAGUGGACGCAUUCAUGUUAUUUUUACCCAUACCUACAAAACCCAUCUGCCACCCACCAUGCCAAUUGACUCCUGCUUUUUACAGGGUUCGCACAGGCCUUGAAAAGUCCUUGAAUUCGAUGGUAGUCCUUUAAAAUGACAAAAACCCUAAAAAACCUGGAAAAGUACUUGAAUUUUGAAAAAAACUCCUUGAAUUUGACCUUUCACUCCUUGAAAAUAUUCUUUCCGUAACUUUGCUUUGUAAAAAGAAUUUAAGGUUUAAAAUAAAUCGGAGAAAAUGAAAAUAAAUUCGUGAAAUUGCAGGAUCGGGUCACUCGUAUGCUAUUAUAGUGGUCUACGGCCACACUUUAUCGAUAUUUACAGAGUGCUAUUUCUACUGUAUCACCGUUUGCUUGUUUCCGUUUCCGUUUAAAAAAUACGGGGAAUAAUAACUCGCAAUUUUUAGCUAUUUGCGCGUGUUUCCAAUGAAUUAAAAUGUGUAAGAAAAAUAAACAUGUUUACUCAAGUAAGCAGGAGACAAAAGACGAAUAUAAACAGUGGCUGAAGCCCUAUAGAGCAGACAGAACGAAGUGUAUUUGUACGUCGUGUGACAAAAUUUUGAGGUAUCAUUAGUAGGAGUGCGCUAAAAAAAUCACAAGAAAAGCGUUAAACCUCAGCAAAAUAGUGAAUCACAUCAAUCUAAUAAUCGAAUUACGUCAUUUUCAAAAGUGUGACAAGUGAUGGUUGUUUUAUUUUUGCAUUACGUAAUAAAAGUUGUUCAGAUUAGGUCGUGGUUUUGAAAAAAAAAUAGUGCUUGAAAAAUUGUAAAAAGUCCUUGAAAAGUACUUGAAUUUUGUCUCUGAUAUUCUGUAUGAACCAUGUUUUAUAACAACUAAGAAUUUGUGCAUUGAUUCUAUAAUUUAUUGUCAUUGUGGAAUUCGAUAAAAUUCAAAUAACUUGAUACUAAAGUUGAUAGUUUCUCAUUGUUUGUUAUAUUUUAUGAUUCUAAAAAAAAGUUCACUUAAAAAGAUCAUCAUGGUACAAAUGAUAAAAUAAAACUUGAACUUUGUUAUGGUGCAUCAUUGACAGUUCAUGAUGUCAUUUUUAUACGCUCGUCUUUUCAUCCGAUCUUCACCAAACUUGCUGAAAUGGUUGUAGGCAUAAUAGAUAUCUGCAAAUUUAGCCUUGUCCACCCUCAAAGUCAAACAGUUUUCAUCCGAUCUUCACCAAACUUGGUGACAAUGUUUGUGGGCAUAAUAUCUCGGCCAAGUUCGAUAACCAGUAAAAUUGCGCAAGGCACGCUUGGAUUAUGGCCCUUUAAUUACUAGGAAAAAACUGCAAAAUUUAGCCUUGUCCGCUCUCUUAAGUCGAACAGUUUUCAUAAUUAUGAUCUUUUUACAAACUUGCAAAUAAUGUUUGUAGGCAUAUCUCGGCCAAGUUCGAUAACCAGUCAAAUCGCCCCAGGCACGCUUUGAUUAUGGCCCUUGAAUUACUCGAAAUCUGCGAAUUUAGCCUUGUCCGCUCUCUAAGUCAGACAGUUUUCAUCCAAUCUUCACCAAACUUGCUGACAAUGUUUGUGGGCAUUUCUCAGCCAAGUUCGAUAACCAGCCAAUUCACCCAAGACACUCUUAGAUUAUGGCCCUUGAAUUAGGCUAAGUUCGAUGACGAGUAUUUUUGUGACAGUCUGCCACUCUUGUUGUUUACUGAUGUUUGUUUCCUGCACUUUUUCUAAAUAUAGCCGCACCAUGAGAAAACCAACAUAAUGCAUUAGCGACCAGCAUGGAUCCAGACCAGCCUGCGCAGUCUGGUCAGGAUCCAUGCUGUCUCCUAAGGGUUUCUCUAAUUGCAAUUGGCUUUGAAAGCGAACAACAUGGAUCCUGACCAGACUGAGCAGAUGCGCAGGCUGGUCUGGAUCCAGGCUGGUCGCAAACGCACUAUGUUGGUUUUCUUGUGGUGCGGCUCAAUUAUUAGGUUACUUUAAAAACAAAGGUACAAAAAGGUAUUUUGGUCUACUUUAUUAUACACCCAAUGACAAGGUAUAUGAGGGCUAUAUUGAAGUAUCAACUUCAAAUACUCAUACAGCAUUACCGUUAAUUUAACACAUUUAAAUGCACAGCAACUGAAAAUUGCUUUUAUGAAAUAUUCACCAAGAACACACUUUGUGCUGUAAAAUGCAUAUAAUGCCACUUAAGACUGAAAAUUUUACACAUUAGGUAAAGACUGACAUUCAAUCCAAAAAAUUCAUAGGAUGAUAGUAUAUUUAGGAUCAGCAGGUCAAAGGUCAAAGUGAAAAAAAAAGGCGGGAACCUUUGUUGUGGUUAAGGUCAGAAGGCUUUUAGUAGGUCAAGGUUACAACGUACUAAAAACAAAAGUAUUUACUUAGACAGACCAUCUUUAGUGGUUUUGGACAUGGGCAUAUGUAUUUUACACCAGUUUUUGUUUCAUUAUUUGUAUUUAAUGUUUUAAUUUUGCACUUUUUGAUUUAAAGAAACUUCAUUCAAUCACUGGUUAAUAGUUUUGUCACAUUUCAGUAAUGUUUGAUUUUGAUGCGAACAUGAUACUUAAACAUAAUUUGAAAAAAAAAAGAGUGCCCCUGCACUUGAUGUGGGAGACAUCCAGUGUGUAAAGAAUAAAUGCAUGUAUGAUGCAGUAUAUGUGUUUCUUACUUAAAUGGUCCCUCAGGGUGGAAAGUAUUUAGAUUUUUUCUUUUUGUCUGUCCACAAGAUUUGUCUGUGUAUUCAUUAUUGGGUAGGAAUUGAUAAAGAAAUUAUGAAUACCAACAAAAGAGAAGCUAUAGUUUCCAAAGCUAUGCAUCAUCUUUUUUUAGCUCACCUGAGAACAAAGUGCUCAAGGUUAGCUAUUGUCAUCACUCUGUGUGAGCCGUCGUCUGUCAUCAACAAUUUAACUGUUGGCUAAAUCUUAAUGGAACUUGGUCAGAAUGUUACCUUAAUGAAACCUUGGAUGAGUUUAUUACUAGGUUAUGUGGGGUCAAAAACUAGGUCAGUCAGUCAAUAGGAAAACCCUGUUAACACUCUAAAGGCCACAUUUGCUACCUCAUCUCGAUAAAACUUGGAAUGUUUGUCUUAAAAAAUCUAGGUCAAGAUUGAAAAUCUAGGAUAAAUUUGUAAAUGGGUCACUUUAAGAAAAAAAUGGGUCAUAUUGUAGAAAACUUUAUUAACACUUUAAGAGGCCACUUUAUCAGCUUGAUGAUCACAAAUGUUUGUCUGUAUGAAAUCUAGGUCAAGUUGAAAAGUGGGCUACAUGUGGCCAAAAAUCAUGUCACUAAGUCAGAUCAUUGCAAAACUUGGAUAAUGAUCUACCUAGUUUACAUAUAACUUGUUCAAAAUGUUUGUCUCUGUGAAAUCUAGGUCAUAUUAGAUACUAGGUUAUCUGGGAUAAGAACAGUCAGGUGAUCAAUACAGGCCUGCCUUGUGUAAUUUUAUACAGUAUGAAGGUAAAAAUAAAUACUUUGAAAACUUAUUUUCAUGCUUUUAUGUAAAAAGGAAUAUUAGUAUCUUAUACCAUUUGUCAUUAAUCAGAAAAUUCAUAAAUCAUGAUAUUGAACAAAAAAACAACAAAUAUGCAAUUAAAUAAAACGUAAGAAAACUUAA